AUGAUUACAAGGAGUCAGUUAAUCUCAGCAAAGGAUUUAGAAGUAGACGGGCACAUGUUCCUAGACAUGAGCUCCGGUACAGCCAACGGUAGCAGUAUGGAACUGGGGGAGUGCAUCCAAAAUACGGGCUUCCAUGAGGAUGAUGAGACAGAGGAUGCUGUUGGUGGAGAUGAAGAGAACAGGACUUCGACGGUCAAGAUGUCCCCGGGCAGAGAGGAGGAUACUUAUACCCAAAUCAAACCUUACGCGGGCAUGCCUAAAGAGGUCCUGCUUUUAUAUUCAGUCCAAGCUCGCUACCGACUGCCCCGGGAGAUCCUGUUCUGGCUGACCAUUGUGUGCACCUUGGCGCUGGUCGCACUGACCAUCACGGUGAUCGUUAUGUCGCCCCGUUGCCUCAGCUGGUGGCAGUCGUCUCCUGUGUACCAGAUAUACCCACGUUCCUUCAAGGACUCAGACAGCGAUGGUAUCGGAGACCUCAAAGGCAUCUUGGAUAAACUGGAUCACUUUCAGUACCUGAACAUCAAGGCCAUCUGGAUCAGUCCGUUCUACAAGUCUCCCAUGAAAGACUUUGGCUAUGAUGUGGAAGACUUUAGAGACAUCGAUCCACUCUUUGGCUCCAUGCAAGACUUUGAUGACCUCCUUGCUGCCAUGCAUGACAAAGGGUUGAAGCUGAUCAUGGAUUUUAUCCCUAACCAUACCAGUGACACGCACCAGUGGUUCAACCUCAGCAGUAGUGGACAUGCACAGUACAAAGACUACUAUAUCUGGGCCAACUGCAAUACUACCCACGCCCCCAACAACUGGGUGAGUGUGUUUGGGAACUCUUCCUGGACGUAUGUUGAGGAGAGGCAGCAGUGUUACUACCACCAGUUCCUCAAGGAGCAACCCGACCUCAACUUCCGCAACCCACAUGUUCGGAGAGAGAUGACUGAGAUUGUUCGUUUCUGGCUGGAGAAAGGAGUGGAUGGGUUCCGUAUGGACGCUGUGAAGCACAUCCUAGAGGCCAAGCACCUGAGGGAUGAGCCCCAAGUGGACCCACAACAAGAUCCUGAUACAAUUGACACAGAGUUUGAGCUCCACCAUGACUACACCACCACUCAGUUAGGGCUGCAUGAUAUCCUGCAGGCCUGGAGGGGAGAAAUGGACGUCUACAGUAGAGAGCCAGGCCGAUACAGGUUUAUGGUAGCUGAGUCCUAUGACUAUGAGGAGACUGACAAGACCAUGAUGUACUAUGGGACACCCUACGUUAAAGAGAGCGACUUCCCUUUCAACUUCUAUCUGAUGGACCUGCCAACUGAUCUGACUGGAACUGGGGCUCAAGGCCUGGUCAAUCUGUGGAUGGCCAACAUGCCAGUAGGGAAAUGGCCAAACUGGGUGGUUGGGAACCACGAUAAACCUCGUAUCUCCUCCAGUGUUGGCCAGGAGUACAUUAAAGUGAUCAACAUGCUACUGCUCACCCUGCCCGGCACACCCAGCACUUACUAUGGAGAGGAGAUAGGCAUGAUGAACAUCAAUGUGACCAUUGACGAGAUCCAGGACCCCUUUGGAAAGUUUAACCCUAAUGCCAGUCGUGACCCUCAGAGGUCCCCCAUGCAGUGGAGUGAUGGGCCGAAUGCUGGCUUCAGUGAUGCCAAUCAUACCUGGCUGCCUUUGCACCCACACCACACAACAGUUAAUGUGGAGGCUCAGCAGAAAGACAGCGGGUCAGUUCUGUCUCAGUACCGGGCCCUGAGUCUCCUGCGACAGGCCCAGCUGCCUCUCCAUCGGGGUUGGAUGUGCUACAUCUGGAGCGAUGCGGAUGUCUUUGCCUUUCUGAGGGAGAUAGACGGCUUGGACAAGGCCUUCCUCGUGGUGCUCAACUUUGGAGCGGACUCUGUUAUAAACCUCUCGGCCAUAACAGAGUUGCCGGAGCAGCUAACACUUCAUAUGAGUACCAAGCAGGAAAACUAUGGGAUGCCGGUGAUUAAAUCUUCAAUUGCCACGGCGCGAGGGGAGGGGCUGCUACUUGAGUACUCCACCCACAUGCGGUUCAACCCUGGCCACGCCUCCCAGUGUUUUGUCUCAGAGAAGGCCUGCUAUCUGGGAGUCUUGGACAUUCUGUAUAAGUGCUGAGUACUGCAGCCUCAGAGUGGGAGGAGAAAUCACCAUGUCCUCGACAAUCAAAUGUGUUAUGAUGAGACUGGCUGUGAUUGAGUCAGUGUAUGUUCAAAUAAGUUGACUGUUUGUUCAAAAAGUUUAUUUGUUCUCAUUAAAAACGGCAUUCAUUUUCCAAA